AUGAAGUCUGCAACGCUCUCUCCCUCUCACCGGGGAAGCCACAUGCCGGCACCGGGGGCAAAGCGAGUGGCCUCAGGCCACACAAGGACUUCCGACGGCUUCGGCUGGGAAAGCGAAGCCGGGCUCCGCUCCAGGACCAGCGAACCGAGCUUCGGGCUCAACCUGGCGUGCGCAAUCCUCCGGAAGAACACGCGGGCCGACUUGCGCAGAAGUUGCCUGUGGGAAGUUGCCAACCUCGGCUUCCGGACGAAGGGCUUGUCACACUUGCGGGAACGCGCCUUGCGCCGAGGUCGAGGAAAUCGUGCCCUGGUAAGUUGGGGCUGUCUGAGAUCCAGAUGCAGUCAGAUCAUGUCAGUCAGCAGGUCAGGCUACGUCUCUGGUAAGGUGAAGCAAAAAACGUGGGCUGGUCACAACCCUUAG